CUAGCAUUAGCAAUGCCUCUAUCCGCCGGCAGGAGAACGUCGCAGCAUCAGCAUCACCAGUUCUCAAUGACAAAACAUUGGACAAACCAUUUCGUUUUUCUUCGCAAGGGCACGGAAAGCAACCUCUUAGACAGCAGAUAAAGAUGAGUCGCUGCUCCUUGGACAACAACAACUUUCCUUACGACAACAACGUCCUGGUUCUGGACAUGGUGCUGGGCUCCCUUUGGGGACUGUCCCAGCCCAUAGACUGGGACAGUGUGGCCAAGCUAGUUCCAGGCUUCACUCCCAAGGAGUGCGCUCUUCGCUUUGAGGAACUGAAAAGCUCCGGAGGUCUUCCUCAUCUGGACAACCAGUGUAACUCAGUGACAGCAGGAGUGGCCAGAGAUGGCUUGUCUACCAUGCUGGACACUGGCCUCAAAUUGUCGGCAUCAGAAAGUGUUUGUGCUUUGGAGAAGAAAGACAAGAAGUUGGCGGAGGAUUGUGACAAAGUUCACAAACUAAGAGAUCUUAACAUGGUGAUCCACGUGUGCGAUGAGUCCAAGAACCUGAAGCAGGACUUCACAUGUCCCAGAGACCUUCUCGUGAAAGAGAUGCGCUACUUUGCUGAGUAUUUGUCUGUGGACUCACAGAGAUGGGAGGAAGUGGACAUCUCCGUUCACUGCGAUGUUCAGAUCUUCGACUGGCUCAUGAACUAUGUCAGAAGGAACUCUUCCAAGGAUAAACCUCGGCUCGAGCCCAGCAAUGUCAUCUCAAUCCUGAUCUCCUCCGAGUUUUUGAAGAUGGACAUGUUAGUAGAAGAGUGUGUCCAGUACUGUCACAAACACAUGAGUGCCAUUGUGGCCACACCGUGCAACAUGAACUGCAUCAACAGUAACCUGGCCUCACGUAUUGCUAAGCUCUUCAACCACAACGAGGCAGACGACAUCAGGGACAAAAAAGACAAGUUCAAGAGCAAACUGUUUCAGAAGAAAAUUGAACGACUCUUCGAUCCGAACUACCAGAACCGUGACUCACCGAGAAACGCAUCAACUCUUUACAGGUGUGGUCUGUGCUUGAAGAUGCUGACUGAAGACACACAGAGGAAGAUUCCUUGUGUUUCAGGAAAAAUCAACAUUGAUUCACAUGGAGAGAUUGUCUAUACCCACUCAAGACUGAAGACCUGGGAUGUCAAUGAAUACAUCAGCAGUCUCUAUGAGGAGCUCAAAUCCUGGGUCCUGGUCUACUGGAGAAUCUGGGGAACCAUCAACUGUCUUACCUGCUCCCGUUGCCAACAGGAGUUUGUGUGUGCAGAGCUGACCCAUUGUCGGUACCACCCAGAAAGUGUUAUGUACCCCAGCACGGGGUCUGACAAAAGCUGGCAUGGGGCAGGAAUCUACCCGUGCUGCAACCAGACUGUGCUCCGCUUUGACCCCACGGGUGUGGUAAAGGGUUGUAAGAUGCGAGACCACAUCGUGAACGUACCAAAUGAGGAGGACUGUGAUGAGCUCACCGCUGCCCAUACCCGAGUCCUCAAUGACCUGCUGCUGCACCGUGACGCUGUUUGUGUGCCUAACUCACUGCCUGCUGAUGGAGCUGAAGAGUGCCCUACCAGUGCAGAGAAGGAUUGUGAUAUUCUCUUGGAGCCAACAUUCCUCAGACCCCUGAGAGGAGACGGCAACACUUUUUCUCUUUUGAAGAACUGGAGUCUUCAGCUGAGGCAACAGUCGCUUCUGUCAGAAGAUGAGGAGUACACCACGGGGUCAGAGGUGACAGAGGAUGAGGUGGGGGAUGAAGAGGAGUUGUCCAAGAAACAAGCUGCCAAGAAGGCCAAAAAGAACAACAGAACUCUUAAAAAGCAAAUGUCCUCGCCUAACCUCCAGCGAAAAGUCAAGCCAGACAAACCGCUGUCCAAAGACAACACUCCUUUCACACUGAGUGCUCAGAAGAGUAAGUGGGACAGUUCUCGCUCCAUGCGCUACAACCAGGACGCUCAGAGGGAAGAAGACCAGCGUCGCAUGGCCGAGAUCAUCGGCUACCUCACAAACAUGCGCUUUGGAGACCAGGACCUGAACAAAACCAAGGACACAAAAGAGCCAGCAGGAGGAAUCUACUCCAGAUUGGAGGUGCAGCUCAAGUCCGCCUCUCAGGGCCGACAAACUAUGGAGAAAACGCCCAGACCUAAAAUACGCUAUGCUCAGAUCCGGACCACCUAGAGCAGCCGGGUUAUGAACGUUGAUGAAGAUUGGUGUAGAGUCAGCUAAUAAAGUGCAUCUCCACGUAGCCACCCAACCGCCUCCCGCCAACCCUCGCUCCAACCAAGCUGGUCGAGUCUCUGCUGAAGUCAGGUGGCCGUGCCGGGAUGACGACGCUGUUUGUGCAGCUGUGCUCAGUCCUUGAAAAACAAGGAGCUGCCUGGACCUGACUCGACUGCUAGGAAGCGCUAUUUGCUGGACUGCCUUCUCAAGUGGUUCUGAAGGAUUUAUAUUUGGACCACAGACAAGUGGGAGGAGGGGACGGCUUCCACAAAGGACAACAUGAGACCGUCUUACAUAGUCUUCUCCAUUUUAAAGUGAACGCUUAGGGCUUAAAAAUACUUUAGGUAGUAGUACCCGUGUGGAUAGGAAGCCACGAGUCCAUUCAUUGAUCAUUCAGAAUUCCAUUUGUUGGCUUGAAUUGAUGAUUGAAGAAUGGCGUCUGGCAGCGAAUGAAACAAAUGCAAAUUUUGUUUCAGCUUGUUUGUGUGGAAGGAAGAACCCGAGCUGCAACUGCACAGACCUGUGGGGAAAAUACUGACUCAUUUCUGCCAUCUAAAAAUUCAAAUGUAAAUAUUUGUAAUUGAAAAUUAUCCCCGGAAAAUUCAGUUCCAUCGCUUGUUGAGAUGAUUAUUAGAAGUGUAUAGCGAAUCUGCACAUUCACCAUUCAGUAUUCACAGCCCUGCGAAUUUGCGGAUUUUGAAAAAUAAAAAAAAAAAUCUAUAUAUGUAUAUAUACAGUAAUCCCUCGUUUAUCGUGGUUAAUUGGUUCCAGGCAUGACUGGAAUAAGUGCAUUUCCACAAAGUAGGAUUCAAUGGAAUAUUUUCAUAGUUAAAGCAUAGAAAACCUUUAUUUGAUGACCUUCUAAAUACGGCUCUUAACAUAAUUACAGCCCUCCUGACAUGAAAUAACACCCUUAUAGUCACCUUUACACUGUCUUUGACUACAGAUGUAGAUUACAUGAUUGAUUAAUUAAUAUAUUUUUAUAUAUUUUUUUAAACUAACAAAGCAAAGCUGCAAAAUGUGAAGCGUGAAUUGGCGAGAGGUCACUGUAUUUUAACUUUUUUUUCUCCAAAAAUAGGCCAUUUUUUCCACAGAAAGCAGAGCUCAUUCACCUUAAGUCAAUAAUAAUUUUGAAAUACAUAAUACAUACAAGCAGGCAUCUAAUGUAGUCAUUACUAUCCAGCUACUAGACCUACAGUCGUCUCUCAUUUAUAGCAGUUCAUUGUUUCCAGACCCAACCAUGAUAAAUGAAUUUCCACAAUAUAGGAUUCAAUGUUAAUAAAUUGAAUAUUUUUAUAGUUAGAGCAUAGAAAACCUGUAAGAACUUUCUAAAUACGGGUUUUAACAUUAUUAGAGCUCUGUAGACACGAAAUAACACGCCUGUAGUCACCUUUACACAUCUAUUAUUCAUUGUUUACAAAACAUUGCAUGUCUCUUAUGCUGCAGGGAUAUCCUAGGAUGGCCGCCUAGCUAGUGCGCUAACCAUUUAGCCUCAAAUGUAUUUAUUCUAAACUUAAGAAGCCAAAAACUUACCACUUCCACACAGAAUGGGAGCACUUUUUUCCACUCUAUCAUGACAGACAUGCUAUGGCUGACUUCAUGCAGUGUUAAGGUAAUGUCUCAUCAAUGUCUUGUGUCAUUACUGUCGCCUAGUGACCAGAAUACUGCAUAUCACUUGUAUUUCAAUGUUUUGAUUAAUAAUAGACCACCAUCAUUUAUUCAUUAAUUUAUGAAAACCUGUGAUACAGCAAUGAAGCGAUAAUUGAACCGCGAUAUUGCGAGUGAUGACUACUGCUCUAACAUAAAUCCAGUUUUGACUUCCAAGUCAUUGCUUCUUCACUUGGCAUCCGCAGAACAUGUGUGUGUGUGUGUGUGUGUGUGUGUGUGUGUGUAUGACCUGUAUCAUUGCUUUGCAGCCUUUCAGCUCCAGCUAUGCACGUGCAAUGAAAAGCAAGCGUGUAUUUAACAUCGAUAUCAUUAAUAUCCAUUUAAUGCAAAUGCAUUUUGUGGAAAGCAAAAUGUGGAAAGCAAAGACAAAGUUGUAAAAUUCUCAAUUUUAAUCGAUUCAAAAAGCUCACAACAAAUGUAACACCUUGAGAAGGGAUAUUUGCCAUUAGAGACUGGGUACUUAUUAGGAUUUAUACAUUCUUCAGCCUAAUUCAAAUAUUUGCUGUAUGGAUUUAUCUGCACAGAACCCAAAAGAUGCAAAUGAAAAAUUGCAAAAUACAAAAUGAAAUGUAAACCCGGUUUGUUUGUCAUUUUGCUCUCUAGGUAGUGUCUUGAAGCACUACUGCAUGGUAAACCAUCUCAAUGAGUACACUUCAACAUGUUGAAAGUUAGGAAGAUGCAAGCAAAAACCCAUAAAUACCUCUGCCACCUCCUUUAAACGUCCCAUCAAUGGAGGCUCACAAAUGAGCAACAAUCCUCUUAGAGGAAAACAAAAGCCUGAUGUCGACUAGGCGACAGUACACACACGCGCGCACGCACGCACACACGCACACACACACCAAGGAAAGAAUAGAAUAAGAGGAAAAAAUGAUCCCAUGGUAUUAAAGAUGCUAUACAACUGGGAUGAUAUGCACAUAUUCGCGAUCCUUAGGGGGGAAAAAAAGUGUUCAAACUUAGGUUACGCGCAAACCGUGAAAAGAUGCUGACCUGUCAAGUUAGCAUCUCCCAAGCCUUCAUUCAUUAGCCGUUAGAUUGACAUAUGUGCCGCCGCUAUACAACUAUAAGCCUCCAUGCAGACUUAACAACCCUGCCAGACUGUGCGUAUAUGCAAUAUCUAUAUAUCAACAAAGAUACGGGAGAAAGGACCAAAACAAGAUGGUUAAAGUGUCCUCAUCGUGCAGUUCAGCGCUGAUAAAACGCAAGAUGGACAUUUGUGGAAAGCGAUUAGAGAAAAAGUCUGUACAAAAAAGGUACACGAUGCACACUGAACCACUGACAUGUUAUUGGCGCUGUGACG